GUGAUUUUAUUGAGCCAUGAGCAAAUUAACAGUUUUCUGCCUUGUGGUGGGCACAAUGUCAGCACUACUGACUCAACAGCCUGUAGAAGCUCGACCAUUCUUUUUUAAUAUUUUCACACCAACAACAAGUUCAAAUACUGUGCGUACUGAAACACAAACAACUAACAAUUUUCCAUUGGGGGACUUAAUAAGUGCUAAACUACGAUUUCUCACCACUUUACUUCAAGGAAACGUUUCUGGUGGUGUAGGAUUUAGAUUUAAUAAAUUUGGUGUGGCUAGCACAACUACUACAACCAGCAAACCAGAUUAUACAACUAAAGUUAAUACUGUUUAUGUUCCGGAAACAACCAUUAAAAUUGGAACUAUCAUAACUGCAACUGAAGAAAAUAAAAUUGACCUUAUGCCAUUGACUAUCACCAAAAAACCUGAUGUUGCAAUAAGUGUGGAUAUAGACGCCGAUCUUGCAACACAAUCCACCACACAAGGUACAGCUAUAGAAAUCGCGCAAGAAGCAUCCGAUAAUUUUACAACGAUUAAACCUGAUGUGGAUUUUAAUGUGAGCAUAGACGCCGAUCUUGCAACACAAUCCUCCACACAGGGUACAGAUAUAAAAAUACCUAAACCUAGUGUGGACGUUAAUGUGAACAUAGACGCCGAUCUUGCAACACAAUCAUCCACACAGGGUACAGAUAUAAAAAUACCUAAACCUAGUGUGGACAUCGACGUUGAUCUUGCAAACCAAUCCACCGCACAAGGUACAGAUAUAAAAACGCCAAGACCUGGUGUAGACGUUAAUGUGAACUUAGUCGCCAAUAUUCCAACACAAUCCACCACACAGGGUACAAUAAUAGAAAACGUAAGCGUCGAUCUUGCAGUAGAAGCGACGACAGCAGAUUUUGAAUACGAAACUACACAAAAAAAUAUUGAACAAUUUACAACGAGCAAAGUUAAUAUUUACACAUCAGAAAGCACAGGAUAUGUGUACACCACCAAAAAACCAGGUUAUGAAUACACCACACGCCAUUCUGUAACACCAGGUUACGUCUACAACGUACCUGACUCGGCAAAUGACGUUUACAAUCCGUUUUUACCACCGUAUUAAUAUUAAAAUAAAUUCAUGAAAAACUUAAUUACGGAAAAUCAACCU